AUGUCCACUACAGCUGAAAAGGAAGAUAAUAAAGUAUUUGUUGGUAACCUAUCCUUCUCAACAGACAAGGAAGCUCUUGGUAAAUAUUUUGAAUCUGCUGGAAAAGUGAUCAAUGCCACAGUGAUUCGAAGAGGUAGAUAUCGAUCAGCAGGAUAUGGAUUUGUCACGUUUGAAACAUCUGAAGAAGCUGAAAAGGCAGUUGAAAAAUUCAACAAGACGAAUAUGGAUGAACGCGAAAUCACUGUACAAGUAGCCAGACCAAAGACACCUCGCACAACAAAAACUAAAAACACCACUUCUGGUCGUCGACGUCGAUCAUUACCAACACGUCGUCCUACUGCUGCUUCUACUACACGCGUUUUUGUGGCCAAUUUGCCAUAUUCUACCACGGAUGAAGAACUGGCCUCCCUGUUUGAAAACUUUAAUAUUGAAUCGGCUUCUAUUGCAAGACUAAGAAAUGGUCGGUCAAAAGGAUUUGGAUUCAUCGAUGUGAAGAAUGAAACUGAACAACAAAAAGUGAUUGAAAACUUCAAGGAUGUCAAAUUGGGUGAUCGGGAAAUAUCUGUCAAAGUGGCUAUGGUUCCUGUGGAUCUGGAUGCAGCUGAAAAUGAAGUAAAGCAAGAAGAACAAACUGAAGAAUAA